AUGCGUGUCCCCGUUCUUGGCCGUCUCUCUGUCUUUGAGUGGCCCCUCCUUUUAAUCUCGCUCUUUCUCUCGUGGCUAGAGUACAUUUCCAACAUCAUAACGCAAUUCUUGCCGUCGCCAGUGAUUGGGGUCAUAACCCGUACGCUCCAAUUAACAUAUAACUUGACAGGGUCUGUGCGGAUUGUGCAGCGGGCGGGGAAAGACGUGGCGGUUUCAGAAAAAGACAGUCCUGCUGAUGAUGAGCGCAUGCGGCUUGUCACGGGUCUCUUGAAUAGCCCAGACAUCCAGACCAUGUGUCAGCUUUUCGGAUAUGACGUUGAGAGCCGUCUUGUGCGCACAAGAGAUGACUACUUGCUCACUUUACAUCGGAUCCAAGGUCCUCCACGUGUUCCUAAUGGGAAAGUUGUAUAUUUGCACCACGGUCUUCUCAUGUGCCUGGAAAUCUGGGUGACAAUGCUUGACAAGGACAGCAACUUGCCAUUUGUGUUGUACGAUUUGGGCUACGACGUGUGGUUGGGCAAUAACCGUGGAAACAAGUACUCCCAUAAACACAUCUACCGCAAAAGCUCAUCCGAAGCUUUCUGGGACUUUUCGCUCGACGAGUUUGCGCUUUUCGAUAUCCCCGACAGCAUCAACUACAUCUUACAAGAUACAGGCAGCUCGAGCUUGAUAUACAUUGGCUUUUCCCAAGGCACAGCGCAGGCGUUUGCUAGUGUGGCCGUAAACCCGGAUCUUAACUCGAAAAUCGAACGCAUCAUUGCCAUUUCGCCUGCGACAACGCCAAAGGGUCUCCACUCGAAAUUCCUCGACAUUUUCUUGAAAUCCAGCCCCAACAUGUUGUUUUUGCUCUUCUCGCGCCGUGUGUUGAUGCCUUCAGUUCUGUUCUGGCAGAAGGUCAUGUAUCCGCCGUUUUUCGACACGUCGAUCGAUAUUUCCAACUGGAUGCUUUUCAAAUGGCGCCUGCUCAACAUUGAUCGCUUGCAGAAGAUCUGCUCAUAUGCCCAUUUGUACUCGUCGACCUCGGUGAAAACUGUGGUUCAUUGGUUCCAAAUCAUGCUGAGUGGGAACUUCCAUAUGUAUCACAACGACAUGUCCGGACUCUCUGUAUGGUUACCUGUCCAAUACCCAUUGAAGAACAUUUCUAUUCCUAUCCAUCUUAUUUAUGGGACGAUCGAUUCUCUUGUGGAUAUUGAUGUGAUGGAAUCCCAGCUCCCGAAAAAGUUCACUUCGAGUCAUGCGGUGCUUGAUCACGAGCAUUUGGAUAAUAUAUGGGGCCGUGACGUGAGUUCUGUGGUGUUUCCGUUGGUUUUGGCCGCUUUGGAACCCGAAACUGUGAUUCCCUCGCCUGUGGGUAAACCUGAAUAA